CACAUGACCGGAAGCGACAAAAAAAAUGGAAGCGGUGGAGCGUGAGUGCUUUUUGAAAUGAAAACAAACCCCGCUCUUUUUAGCUCGUCUUAUCGGGCACAUUAUUGAUCUAUGAUCCAUAAUUAUAGUUAUCAACGAGAGUCAUGAGUGAGCAGCGAUGAGGCGGGAAGAUAAAGCCGGAGAGAAACGUCCCUCACACCUGGGUCUAUGGGUGUAGCUGGGGACAUGGGGACAAGCUGACAUGGCCUUUUGAUGUGAGACAAAGUGCCCCAUCAUGGAUGACUCGGACCAGGACUUUGUGGACCUCUGCUCAAAGCUGCUGAAACGAGUCCGCAAGAAACCAGGUGAGUCCAGACAGCCGAGGAAGGCAGAGCACCAGCCCUCCAGCCAGGCAAGCGAUGGAGACAAGAGGAGGAGGAAUAACAAAAGAGAAGGGGACUCUGGGGCUACUCCACCUGUGUGUACUGGUGCAGAAGCAGAACAGCAUGUGGUGUCUGGAGGGACUGAGCACGAUUCAGGAGAUGCUGAGUCGUCAGUUGUGCCUCCAGCAGCAGCAGCAGCAGCAGGACCGAGCGGUUUGGUGACCAAAGUGCUCCACAGAAUGCAACAGUUCAAGAGAGCCAGUCCGCAGAAGAUGGUGCACAACCACAAGAGUCAGCCAACAAACCACAAGAAUGACGGUGCUCCUCCUCCUCCACCUCCGACACAAAGACAAGAUACUCCACCCUCCUUCAGUUCAGGUCUCCACCCGGAGCCCCAGGACAGCGAUGAGGCUCUGGCCCUGCGGCUGCAGCAGGAUCUGGACAGGGAGGCAGCGGAGGCCCAGACGGCGGACCUGGAGGACGGAGGCCUCUUCUUCUGUCAGAUCUGCCACCGAGAUCUGUCACAUAUGACACCUGAGGGGCGAACACAGCACCUCAACAGGUGUUUGGAUGAGAGUGAAGAGAGCGCUCCAGCCCCCUCCUCCUCCUCCUCCCCCCCGCCUCCCGCUGUCCCCGACUGUCCCAUCUGUGGCAAGAAGUUCAAGUCCCAGAAGAGUCGCUCGUCCCACCUGAAGCGCUGCUCCUCAGACAUGGGUGUCGCUCCGGCUGUGCUGCUGCAGGCUCUGCAGAGACAGACUGAGGAGACCCAAAAUGUCCCCACCGAUAACGCAAUCCCACAGACUGGUGGCAGUAAAAGAAAAGGCCCGUCCAAGCCGGGCCUCCCAGCGAGGAAGAAGCCCAGGAAGAAGACUGCCCCCAUGGACGAAGACACCAUGGUGGCCCUGGCUUUGUCCUCCUCCAUGCUGGAACAGGAGCAGCAGGGCAAGAGGGAGUCAGAGACGCAAUUACAAACAAACACUGCUGCCUCUCACAUCUCCAUGACUUCAGCACUGAAGUGGAGGCCAGACAAAGGUAAGGGGCGUGGAAAGAGGAAAAAGGGCGCCGUCCCUCGUCCUCCUCCGCUCCUCCUCGUCCAGGAUGCCGAGGCGGCUCUGACGAGGCUGCAGGAACGAGUCUCUGCUCUCCUCCUACGCAGCCGGGCUCCCUCUCCCCCCACCCCCACCCGCUGCCCCAGCAGUCUGCCCGGCCGGAGCGAUGCUGCCGUCCUCUGGCAGAAGAGCAGACUACUGGAGGGAGCCUCCACCGGUCUGUCUGAUUUCUACACUCCAGAGCUCACGGAGUUCAUCACACCCUGGGAAUCAGCAACGACUGAUGCAGCCUCCUCCAGCACCAUCAACAAGCCUCCGUCUUCAGUCCAACCAGUGAGUGAAGGAACUCCUGGCACAGGGAUCAGGGCCUCCAUCCUGCAAUCCUCCUCCCAGAUGUCCUCCUCUCAGACGGCCUCCUCCACCAGCCGGGCACUCCUCAUGGACCUGAUGGAGCUGGCCGAGGAUGGGGUGACCCUCACCCAGUGUGGUCACACUGCUUCAGGCCCUGACAAAGACCGGAGUUCCAGUCAGAUCACAAACCUUCGUCUUAGCGGCUUCGUCCAGGAGGAGUCGGAGAAGCAGUCUGACCUCUGUGUGAGCGGCUUCCUACCAGAACCAACACACACACAUUCAGAGGACGCUCGCUGCAGAGCAGGGAGGACGAGAGCUCAGCCGGGAGCAGAAGAAGAGCGAGGCGGCAACCCAUCUGUGGCGCUAUCCAGACUGGCAUCAGACCUGAGCAGCAUGGUGAACAACCCUCAGUUCAGUGACCUGCAGCUCCAGGUGGACAGUGGAGAGGUCUACUUCGCUCAUUCCUUCAUGCUGUAUGCUCGAUGCCCCCUGCUGGCAGAAAUGGUACAUGAAAGUGGUUUUUGGGUGAGGGAGGAAGGCGAGCCUGCAGCCCAAAGGGUGUUGAUGAAUGACGUCCCGGGACAGGCGGUGUUAGCUUUGCUGCAGUAUCUCUACACAGCCCGCUGCUCCAUCCCAGCAUCGCUUUGGCCUCAUGUACUGGAGCUGUCAUCUAGGUUCGUAGGCAGUCUGUUUGACUUGCAGGAGCUACAAUUGCUUUGUCAGCUUCACACGCAGGACGCAGCGACUCGGGGAGAUGAGGAAGACUACAUGAACCAGGAGGCCCUCAACCAAACACAACAGGCCCUCACAGAGCUGCUUCGGUCCAUGUGGGACGAAGAUGACGAAGACGGCGAGGGCACGGAUACGGAUGGAGGAAGGGACGAACAGAGAGAAUUGGAAGAAAAUCAUCAAGUCGAUGACCUUACGUCAGGUGACCGAGAGAUCCGUGAGGAGAAAGUGAACGAGGAAGAGCUGGAGGAGAUCUAUGAGUUUGCUGCCACCCAGAGACAGAGGGAGGAGAAAGACAGCACGGAGGAGGAAAAGGUAGACGAGGAAGAAGACGGAGAAGAAGUGACUGCACCCAAAAUAAAUCCCCCAGGCCUCAGCGUAAAAAAACUGCGGCCAAACUCUCAACUCGAGCCGGACCCAAGCCUGGAUCGCAGCUACAACCGCCUCUUCUCAGACUCCUGGGGGGUCUACGAGAAAGUAGACCCUUUCUCCUUACCCUCCACUUCUGCCCCGGCUAAGAGGCACACCCCUCAAUACCAACAACACCAGUCUCCUCAUAAACCCUCAUCUGAACUGUCCGGAAGAACUUUGCUUCAGUCCUCAGCGAGCGGGGAUGACGACCUUUCCCUCAGCCUUCCACCAAGAGCAUCCAACCUGCCGAUCCCGGGUCAGUCUCCUGGUCAGGUGGGUGACCGGGGUGGAGGUGGAGACGAGGGAACAGACGAUCUGGCUUUGAAGCGAGAAAGUCACGGUCCUCGUAGUAUUUGUGUCCCUUCUUCUCCCGAUUCACCGCAGGAAAAGACGGAACCUGAGCUCAUUGUUUUGUCUGACUCCAGCGAGGACAUGGAGGUAUUUCUUAGUUCCCACAGUCCUUCGCUACAUUCCCCUUGCGCCGUCCAGAAACUGCAGAGCUACACCCAGAUCAAACCUCAGCCAAUCCCGAAUCCUAAUGAGCCGACCCUGCAGAGCAAACAGCCCAGUAGUUUAGAGUUGAGUCCUGAUGAUCCACCUGUGGCGCCAGUUCAAAGUCAUCAAGGUCUCUGGUGUGACCAGGAUCCAGUGGACUGUUCUCCAGAAGUGUCCUGGCUGAUCCCGUCCACACCGGUCCAGCCCAGUAGAAGCUCCACGACCAUCUCCACUCAGACUAAAAGCAGCAUGUGCAGGACGCAGCUGUUCCCUAAAGGUGACUCUUCCUCAACCCCACCCUCUGUUUUCUCUUCUCCUGCUCUACCUGUUAACAACAGAGUGCAAACCUCCAACAGUCCAGUCAGAGUCUCCGCCCACGUCGGCCCCACAGAGGGCGCUGUUCCCAAGUUGAAGCUGGAUGAGACCUGUAGCUCCAUCUUAGACUUUAACUUUGGUUCUAAAAGACCCACUAGUUGUGUCGUGAGUAAAGCUCUAGGAGUGCGUGCACUUCCCCCGUGCCAGCCUAAGCUCUCAAGCUCGACUUCCUCAAAGCAGGACACGCCUCUCCACCUCCAUCCCCACCCUUACAGCAGCACCCCCCUGCACACAGAGCUCCACAAGGCCCCCGCUCUUCCUCUCCCCUCACCGCUCCACAGCAACCUCGAUAAGAGUUGGACAAGUCAAGGAAAGGAGAGGGCGCCAUCUGAAAGCCCGGAGAAGACGGAGCUAGGGAGCUUUCACCUGUCACCCAUGUCUGACCCCUCACAUACACACUCGUCAAAGAGGCAAAGCGAAUCCUCUCGACAAAGUCAACGCUCUGUUGAGUCCCGCAGUCACAACCACACAGGGUCUGAGCUCAAGGGGAGGGGAGUAAGAAAUGACAGGGGAGAAGGAGGGAUGGAGAGUGGAAAUAAAGACACAGGUGAUGAAGGAGAGCAGGAAGAAGCAGAAACUGGAGAGGCGGAUGUCGCUGAAUCCAGUUUCCAGCAGAGCUUCAUGGCCAUGGACGAGCCCCCCAUCGCUUUCAACGACUCGUGGGGUUUCGACGGAGUAGAUUUAGAGGCAAACCCGGGCUGCUUCAGUCUGAGGCUGGAGGACAGCGAGGCGUCCAGCCGGCAAGGCGAGUGCAGCCUGGGACAACGAGAUGCAGCCAGGUCGUCCUCCUCUACCGACCACCGACCUUCCCCGGGCAGUCACAGUGUCCGUUUAUUGAACAGCCGUGGCACUGUGGCCGCCUGCUCUCCAUCCAAAGGCCACAGUUCACGACCAUCCACCAGUGUACGAGCUCAGGCAGGCCUUUCCUUUACCCCUUCACCACCUGACCCCACCAACCAGGCCGCUUCAGAGAUCAUCAACAGCCUCCUGGACUCCAAAAUAUGGGACAGCUGGGAGGAAGAGGAGGAGGAAGAGAAGGAGAAGGAGAGUCUUCCUCUCUCUCAGAGGUUGAACCCUUCCGCUCAGCUCAAAACACCAGCAUCAUCACAUAACAAAAGGCGUCGUACCUUGGUGCCCAUCACCCCCCUGCCCCACUACUCCGACAUGGACACACCGGAGCUCAAGAACAAACUCAACAGGUUUGGUGUUCGGCCUCUACCGAAGCGCCAGAUGAUCCUCAAACUGAAGGAGAUCCACCAGUACACCCACCAGCUGACCAGCUCUGAGGAAGAGGAAGAGGCUGCCUCGGCGAGCCGCACAGUUCAGACGAUUCAUCCGCCCACCGGUUCAGAAGUUCCUGGCAACAGAGCGGUGUCAUGCACCCAGAGAGUGAAGUUUAAAGAGCCCAGAGCGCCCGCCUCCAUCUCCCCUCUAAAACCCAACAGAGAGGAGGAGCAGGCAGAGCUGCUGUCGGCCUCACAGGGAUCCAACACCUCUUCAACUGCCGCCAGUGAAGAAUCUGAAAGGUCCAACCCAGAGCUGUGCCUCUCCUCCGACUCUGACAGUGAUGGCGGUAUCUCUGCCUCCCAGUCAGAAAACCGCCUCAAAGAUCGCCUCCGGUCCGUGCGUUCCUUCAUCCUGUCCGACCCUGAACUGUACAGACAGAUCCUCCAGUACCAGCCUCUGGUCUUGUCCCAGCUCCAGGGGCGACUCAAAGCAGCAGGGAUCCGUCUGGGCGCUGCCAAGCUGGUGGACUACCUGGACUCCCAGUGCAUCACCUUCACCACGGCCAAGCCGGGUCACUCCGCACCGAGCCGCAGGCGGGGCAAGAGGACAGGCAGGGGGGCAAAGACGGCGGGGAAAGUGGAGCGGGCAGGAAAAGAGCUGCUACAGCCAUGAUUUAAAACUGUAUAACUGCAAGAAACUUUUAAAUAGAAACCGUGAGAGGUGGCAGGUUUGAAUAUUUGUCCGAAAAUAACUUAAGGCUGAUUCCUCAAGAGUUGACUUCAAGUUUUACUAUGUUUUUUUUAAAGCUAUGUUAAAAUAUGUUUCUUCAGGACAGGUUCUGCAAUUAAAGUAUUUCGUUUCAAAUGUUGCAUUACAAAACCCAAUGUGUAAAUUAAAAAAUGGUGAGAAGUCACUCUCGUAUCUAUGUAUGAAAUAGAUUUUAAGCUUCCCUUGUCAUCUUGUGUAAGUGAUGGUACAAAAAAAACAAUCCAGCCAGGUACCAUCAUUAUCAUUCAUCAGAAUAAUAAAUGUUCAAUUGUGUCAGGUUUCAUGGAAAAAAUACUUUCAGUAAAAUAUGGCCUAAUUAAUUAAAAAUUCCAUCACACAAGACAUUUUUGAAAAACAUUUAACUUAUUUUGAUCUUCAAUAGAUUUAUAUCCAAAGAUCAUCCAGCACAUGCAUACAGCCGAGGACACCUGAGAGGGUUCUCACAACUUCUGUCUGAUACGUCCUCCAUGUAGAGAGACGGGUCCUUCAUAGCAGCACAACUUCAAGUCAGGGCUGUCAGAGUUCACAGUCGGGUCGCUGUUGUUUUAUGACAGGUUGGCAAAGUCAAGGAAGCACUGAGCCCACCACUCUCCAAGGUCUACUGGAACAAAGUCUGCAAAGAAGCAGACAACAGAAGGGACAAAGAUUUAAAGCAUAAAUCUGAUUCUAUGAUUCAUUCUGUUUGUUAUUUAUUACUUUUGUCACAUGGACACCAA